AUGACAGAUUUUGAGAUAUCGAUAUUAGGUGGGACAGGAGGUCCAUUUGAAAAUUCUACACAAUGCUUUAUUAUACGAUCAACCCAUAAUGACGAAAGCGUACGUCUGAUAUGUGUGGACGGAGGGGUUGGUUUGGGAAGUAUUGCAGCGAUGCUCCGGUUAGAUCCCAACAAGAGGAUCGUAGAGAGCCUCUACGAGAAUGAAGAAGAACCAGUUGAGAAAUAUGUGGAUUCUACAGUGUUAUCACAAACCACAAGAGGGUUUUCUCUUGCAGUUACUAGACACUUAGAAGGAUCGAUUGUACAACAGACUAUGAAAUUAUAUCAAAAUAUUGGAGAAUAUUAUAUCACACAUCCACAUAUGGAUCACGUUGCUGGAAUGAUUAUGAAUUCUCCAGCCAUUUAUGAACCAUUAGUUCCAUCGAGGAAAUAUAUAAAAGGUCUACCCUUCACAAUAGGACCCUUAAAAGAUUUUAUAUUUAAUGAUAUCAUUUGGCCGCAAUUAUCAAAUAAGUUAUUGGGACGACUAGACCUGGUAACGUUGUCAAGCCGAGAGUCACAUAACUCAUUAUCAAUACCUGAAUGGAAUAUAAUACCCUUUGAAGUUUACCAUGGUUCAAAAGUUUCAGAUUUAAGUUCACAAGUUUCCAGUUCAGUUUAUAUCAUAACCAAUACUAGGACAAAUAAUUCUAUAGUUGUUUGUGGUGAUUUAGAAAAGGACCAUGAAGAUCCAAAUGAGCCAAGAUUACUAUGCCAAUUAUGGUCAUAUUUGGCAAACAAUAUUCCUCUAAAAAAUUUGAAAGCAAUUGUGAUAGAAUGUUCAAAUUCAUUAUCUAUUGAUGAAAGGAGACUUUUUGGUCACCUGUCGUCAAACAAAUUGUUGGAUGAACUACAAACACUUCGGGACAAAUACGGUAGUUCAUCAGGACUCCGUGACUUAAAAAUAAUAGUAUCACAUGUGAAGAUGACAUACUCUGAGAAGGAUCCGCGACUGACUAUUUUAGAUGAAUUAAGAACACUUGCACAUGAAAUUCCUGGUUUAGAGAGCUUAAUAUUUUCAAUUGCUGUUCAAGGAUACACAUUCACUGUUUGA